UGAAUUUCCCCUUUUAAAUAUUCAAAUACUCAAACAAAACAACUUUUGAGUUGUUGUAUUUUAAGCUUAUUUUAUAAACUAUAUAAUUUAUUGUAAUACCUGACGAUAGAUCGUCGAGUAAACCCAAAUUGAAUAACAUUCCCAUAUAAUUUAUUUCAAAACCAAAAAAAAAUAAUUUUCUAUUUUAUACAUAACCUAUAAUAUAUAUUUAUAUACAUACUUUUUGUACUUUUUAAUAAAUAUACAACCAUAAAAAAUAAUUCCGCCGAGAAGAAGUAAACUUGUUUGAAAAAAAAAAAUUCUCAGAUUUCCGCUUUUUUUAUGUUUCCGUUUUGUUGAGCUCUUUUCUUUUGCAGUGCUAAUAAUUUGUGUGUUCUAGGAGAGGAGAUGGGAAAGGGGAGGAGAGGAGAGAAGGGUCUCUCCUUGUUUUUCUGAGGGUUAACCUGCAUCUUCAUUCAUCAUCAGCAGUGGCAUCAUCAGCAUCAUCCAGACAUUUUAUUAACCAUCCAUCAAUCCAUUCAAAAUCACCAUCAUCAUCGUCGUCGACUCUUCAUCAUUUGUAGAGCCAAUAGAAACCAAAAUCAUAUCUAAACAAAAAAUCCCAGCACCCAGCACUACUACUACCACCACCACCACCAACAACCACCUAACCAUCAUCAACCAAGCUUUAUUAUUGUCAUCAUCAUAACGCUCGCUCGCCCAUUCGCUCGCUUGCCAAUUAUCAUAUAUCUGAAAAGAAAAUGCCAAACUUCUUGUUGCCAUGGGAGCGCAAAAACUCAGGCAAAUAUUCGGCCCCAUCAUAUCGACUAAAAACAAUGAAAUACACCACUAAAAAAUCUCUAAACCAAGUAACUCUUGCGGUGCCAGCAGCUGUUCAUCAUCAUCGCUAUCGAAUCCGGGCAACUCCUCGAAUUGUCAAACAUCACCGCCACCUCCGCCUCCACAAUCGCUAAUCCGUGACUAUUGGUAUGAGUUGAAAUUUUCAGAUCUAUUCAAGUUCAUCAAUGCCGAUGGUCGCUAUCAAUGUCCACGCUAUAAUUGUUUAAAAAGCUAUAAAGAUGCCAGCUCUCUACAGCGACAUAUCAGGCCACCUGGAGUUCUUUAACCUCACCAGCAAUUCCCUGAAGGAGAACAAAACUCAGGACAACACUGAUGCCUUUAUUGUGAUGGUUGAAGAUUUGGCGGAUUUGAAUCGAGCCUCAUUGGCCUCUGAGGUGGCGGCGCCAGUGGGAUUCAAUGAUGCGCCAUCUACCUCUCAUGUGGGGCCCAUGCGUUGUGCCAGCUUGGAUUCUUGCCUAUCACGUGAUCAAUUUUUAAUCUCCAUGGUCAAUGAGUUUCUCAACGAUGGCGAUGACACGGUCAUGGAUGAGUCGAGUACAGGUCCAAAAUCUACGCCCCUGAAUAUUGUCGAGUAUAUGGAGGAGUCGAAUCAAAAUGAGGUGGAAAGUCUCAUGGAUUUCCAUCACAUCAAGGAGUUGCAGGCCGACGCCAUGGUAUCACCGCCCAGGAAUGAGGACAACACAACAUCUCCCAUUGAAAUUGUGAUGCCAUGCGAUUCACCGCCUUCGUUGUUUGUCAACAUGCCAGCAUUGCAGACAGUCAUUGCAACGCCAUCUACAGUUAGUUUCCCUAAUUCCAGUACAUCUGUGACAAAAUCUAGCACACCUAUAAGUACAACCUCCUCCACGGCCACCCCUACCGCCGCCAAAACUUCCUCUACCACCACGAAGACCACCACCUCCUCCAAAUCAUCCACGUUAAUGGUACCCGAUCGGUCCCAUGAACCGCCCACCAUAUUGUUGAACUUGAAAAAUGACACCAUUCCCACAAAUCUAAGAGAAAUUUCCUAUCAGCGAUUUGGACGCAUAAAUCGCAACCUACCAGCCGAGGUGCAUAACUUCCGAUGCCAUUUGUGUGCUUUCUCGUGUAAACGCAAGGAGCUGCUACUGCAACAUUUCCGAGAGAGGCAUCCAACCUAAAAAAGAGAAGAAAGAGCAAACCCACACAAACUCUCUCCCAAAGUGGUAAAUAAACUAAGAAAAACACAAAACUGAACUUUAAAACAAAUGAAUUCUUAAAAAAAAUUCUUAAUUUUCCCAAAAAUUAAUACAACAAAUAAUUAAC